UAUCGCCGCGUGUCUGGAGAUAGAAAGGGGUGGGGGAAGGCUUUUGUGGAGGAGACCGACAACCAUCUUUGAAAGAAGGCCGGCCUAGAUUUUGAGUUUCCUGGGAAACUGUCGAGGCACUUUGGGACAUGACUCAGGCAGCCGAGGCUGGGAUCAUCGGAGAAAGAGGAAGGCGAAGAGGAUGAGGCCGACGACGACGACGAUGAUGACAAUGUAUGCAAAAGGUUGUGAGAAUGUCGAGGGAGCAGCGACGGCGGCAGUGCACUGCCAGAAAGAGCAUCGGAGGGAAGGCACGAUGUGCCCCCGUUCCUUCCUUCCUUCCUUCCGCCUUCUCAUCGCUUGCGUGAAUACGUACCUACCUCACUGUCUCCUUCCCACGACGAACGUCGAUAUGCACGAACACGUGAUGUGCCGUCACCGUGACGAUCCACCAUCGCAGAAAAGACGACAGCCAGAGGCGGGUUUCCCGAUGCUCACGAUUCCGUCAACAACAAGGCGUUCUUCCUCCUCUCUCUUUCAUCACUAUCAUCAGCAUUACCGGCGCGCUUUUUGCAGUGCACCAUUGGCCGUCGUCGCCUACUCUCGUGUCUCCCCAUUCUUCGCAGUCCCUCUUCACAACUCCACGUUGCAUCCCGUCCUCAUGGAUAGCUGUCCCGGUCUUGGCGCCUCUAUCAACCUUUCUUGCGGAUACUCAAGUAUACAAGGAGCGACAGCAGGGUCUCGUCAUCUACAUGUACGGCGUCCUCCCCCUUGCACCUUGCCCGAACCGCCCUGGUUGUCUGCAUCCCAAUGUACUGCACUGCUGCAAGAUAGGAGAAUACAAGUGCAGAUCUUUCUCUACUAUUGGUGGUCCCUCGAUAUCGUUGGUUGUCGGCACACGAACAAGCACUCGCCAACUCGUACCCAGCUGCGGUUCACUCGCGCUAACUGUGUGGCAGGACGGGAGCGAAGAAUAAGAAACACAGAUCCAGAGACCCUUGCCGACGUCGACGGGCGCAAACACGCACAAUUCCCAGCCCUACGCAAAACAACCUAAUUCGAACGAACCCCUCGUCGUUCCAAAUCCCCGUCGUCCCAUGCGUACCGACUACACUGCCAUCUUAGGGUCUGGUUCAGAAACUCGUGGCAUUCUACACUGUGGAUGCAACCUUGUCGCCGUCUGCCUUCUUCAUUCCCACCUCGCU